AUGGCUAGCGAACUUUACUUCCGCCCUUACACGGUAUAUGUCGAUUUAAUUAGCGACAUUCAAAAAUUCCAUGCGGAGCUUACAAAAACUUAUAAAAGCGCCGAGCAUUUUAAAUACCUAUGUGGCAUAUUAUUAGAUAGAGUGGAAGUUGCGUACCGAUACAGCAAAAAAGUGCAAGCUAAACAGAAUGAUGAUGAUUUUGAAAUUUUUUUGGCCAAUGAUGACACGUAUCCAUUGUUUCUGGAUCUUAAGAUGUCUGUUAAUGAAAUUACAAUUUUUUCAAAGGAAAUAUCACAGACCGAUGGGGUGAUAAAUUUUUCAUCGCUCGAUAAAAUAAACGAAAGAUUUUUCCAGUUGCUUUCAAAUUUUAGCAUAAAUGCAAAAAAAUUGGACUUGGAGAUCAUACAAGAAGAUAAUGUAGAUCCUGAAAGAAUAGAAAAGGAUUUGUUGAAAACCAAAAGCUUUUUGUCAAAAAAUCAUGGUAUAACCGACAAAGAUGGAACAACAAUAUUGGAUGGACCCAGAAAUUUCAAAACCUUAAAUAGUCAGCGAAAACAAAAAAUCAUGAUUAAUCCACCUCCGACAAUUGAACUUGAUAAUUUAGACGAUGAACCUUUAGACCUUGCCGAUUUUGGUGAUCCAUUAGAAGGCUCAACGAAUCUUGUUGAAAAGAGAUUAAACCAUUCAGAAAAUCGAUUUGUAGCUUUCAAAGAAUUCAGCAUUAAGCGUAGCAAGGAUGACACAUUAAAAUAUUUAACAGAACUCAUUGUUUUAAAGCAAUUAGAGAAAAGCCCUUAUAUUAUUGAAUUUUAUGGUUCCGUUAAAACAAGUUCAACAAUCUACAUUGUGACAGAAUGGGCUCAUCAUGGAAAUUUACCAACACGUGAAUCCGCAAGAAAACGUGCUCAAAAAAUUAAUAUGCCAGCUAUCAAACGUACAUUAGAAAAAAUAUAUGAAAAAUACAAAUCCGAUCGACUCACUGUCCCGAAAAUUUUGCUUCCAACUAAUUAUGACGAUGAUUUAGCGCUCGAGCCUUCUCAUCUAGAUGAUUACUUGGGCCUGGAAGAUGCGAUUGAGGAAUAUAAAAAAGUAGGUGGUGACAAAAUAAAGGCCUUUGAAAGUUUUAAAAAAUAUGCUGAAAUGGGAAUUCCUGCUGCAAAGUACUGGGCUGGGUAUCACAUUUAUAAAGAAAGUAAUGGAAAUUUAGACAUUGCUGCGGCUUAUUUUAACGAGAUAGCAGAUGGAAACGAUGAACAUGCGUCUUGUGCUCAAUUAUAUUAUGCUGAUUGUCUUUGGUACGGGAAGGGUGUUGAACGGAAUUGUUUGAGUGCUAUUAAAUACUAUGAGAAAUCAGCGAGUAAUGGUAAUCUUACUGCCAUGCUUAAUUAUGGUAUAAACUUAUAUAACGGUUAUAUUAUUCCAAGAGACAAAAUCCGGGGAUCAGAAUAUUUAAAAAAAGCCGCAGAUCAAGGUUAUGCAAAAGCGAAAGAGUUUUGCAAACGAGAAAACAUUCUAUAA